AUUUGGUUCCCAUCCCAGCGAACGGACGAACAUGCACGCGUAUUGCGGAGGCGCAUUGCGCUGCAUCUCGCAUCCGUCGUUAUCCUCGCGUACGUGCUGGUCUCAACAACGUGGACGUCUGCAACCGUCGUUGGAACAACUCAUUCUGUGCAACUCGCUUUUGCCCCAUCACAAUUCUGCGUCGACAACGCCUGCUCAACGUACGCCUCGGCUUACGCGCCCCAGUUUUCACCACGUCAAGGCAGCCACAUGGAGCAAGAUGUACUCGAUGUCUUCUGUGGCACCAUGAUCCCUGUCUCUCACAAGUCGAACGGUAUCUUCGACUUGUUUGCAAGAGCCGCUGGACAGAACGUAUGCAUCGCGGUGAUGGAGAGUUGCCACGCACUUCUCGUAAGCAUGUUCACGCUUGCAGUCAUAUCUGCAGGGGGAGCAACCCUCUGUGUGACGUAUUGGACGCAUGAACACCAAAUAGGUCGUGUGCUCCUUGCCGCCCUCGUUGUGUCCUUUGUCCUGCAUGGUGCUGUCGUGUUGUUGUGGACUCCUUACGCAACCCCGACGUUUUCGCCGACCACGUUCAGCUAUGGGUCCGUGGAAGUGGAGAUGAACGCGCCGUUCUGGACCGUCGUGUUCAACAGCUGCGUUGUCUUGACGGCGUCGAUGUGGUUCACAUACCACCUCAUCUUGGAUCAACGGCGACGUUACCUCAACCGACGGCACGUACACCAGCUCGGCAAGCACCCGCUUGACUGUCCAGCUUUAUAUGCGUAGUAUGCUCACUGCUUCGUGCUUCGUCGACACGUCCCACCGCGCACGCUGCGUAGCGCAAUCCUUCAUUUUCAAAUCAGCCAAUCAGAGAAUUCGAGUUCGUCUACAAAAACAAAUUGAAAAUUGAAUGAAAUUCUGGCCAUGCACAUUCAGAAA